CGUCAACGUCACACCAGCGCGCAAGGCCUCGGCACCGCUACGCAGAGGACAGCGAAGGUCAGUCGCACACCUCCUUGCAUCCAUCCUUCGUCACGCGCUCGACAUCAACACGGCUCUUCUCCCCGAGCCCAGAUCAAGUGACAAGGACACCAGCGUCGCGGGCGUCAAAGUGGAUCUCUUCCUCACCACCCAAAACGCCACAAUGUCCUCAACUCGUCCUCCCGUAAACGCUGCUGCGGAGGCAGUCCUCAGGCUGCCCCCUCCUCAACCGGAGGGAAAGCUGCCGAGCGAUGAGGCAGUCGCCGCGAUGUACGCGCGCGUGGACCCGGAGGUUCGCGCAUACUUCGAAACUAUGGAGCCCUUCCGUAAAGCCGCGUUGGCAAAGAAGGAGGCUCUGAAGCGCUUCGUGGACAGAUCUCAGGCCCCCCUUACCACCGGAGACCGCCUGGCCUACACGGCCACGUUCGACCAAGUCUCCGCAGGCAAGCUCCUCGCCGAGGGCGAAGAGGUCGACGUACGCCGAUACGAGGAGCUGGCAAACGCUCGCCGUGCCAAGGCAGAGAACAAGGGAAGUUUGGGCGUCGACGGGCAGUCAUUCAUCUUCUGCCUCUGCCGCAUCAGCACCCCCUGGACCAAGGAGGAGGCCAAGGAAAAGAUCAAGAAGCUAGGACCCAAGGUGGUUGGGGCGGUCAAGGCCCUCAGCAGUGCUUUCGAGACGAGCGAAGAUAGUGGCUACCGCUUUGACAAGCCACAAGGAAGCCAAGCUCCACUGGGAGGUCGCCGUAGCAAGUGCAGCCGCAGGGAUGGAGAAUGGGCGCGAAGGCCCACACAUACCGUGUUGGAGCCGCUGCUCAAGCUGGUGCAGGCAUGCGACGGCCUGAGCUUGGUGAGGUUGGACUCGGCAUGCAACGACCUCAACAGCUGGGCAUACCACAUCGCCCAUCUUCGACCCAACACCCGCACCCUCUACAUCUAAGGACUGCAAGGCCCGCCAAAGUACGAAGUCUGGUCAAGAGAAGAGGCUUUACGCAUCGCGUCGAGGAGCUUCACCCAAGUCGGCGCCCUGCCGCAGUCGCUCCUCGAGGGGCACGUCCGUCGCAAAAUGUAUGCGUCGGCAAGCGCUCUUGUUGCUGCUCCGCAGCGCAUGGGCUUCCUCGAGUCUGCAGUGG